CGCAAAUGCUCACGCGGGUGUCUCAUGUGUUUUGAUCAGUUUUGUCAAAAGUUCAGGCAGUAUUUUUUAAGCGAUAGAUAAAACAGUGAUGAAAAUGUCUCUACGGUAAAGAGCGGAGAGUGGAGCGGUGUUGUUGAUGGGCAUCGGGCUGCAUCAUGUUCGUGCUGGUGGAGAUGGUGGACACUGUGCGGAUCUCACCGUGGGAUUUCAACAAACAACUGAACGAUGCUGUGACCGAGGAGCUCAACAAGAAACUGGCCAACAAGGUUGUCUACAAUGUUGGACUGUGUAUCUGCCUGUACGACAUCACUAAGCUAGAUGAUUCUUUUAUAUUCCCAGGAGAUGGAGCUUCACACACCAAAGUUCAUUUUAGAUAUGUUGUCUUCCAUCCGUUCCUUGAUGAGGUUCUUGUUGGCAAGAUCAAGUACUGUAGUCAAGAGGGAGUUCAUGUAACUAUGGGCUUCUUUGAUGACAUCCUCAUUCCUCCCGAGUCUCUUCAGCAGCCUGCAAAAUUUGAUGAGGCAGAGCAGGUCUGGCUUUGGGAAUAUGAGACCGAUGAAGGGGCUCAUGACCUCUACAUGGACCAGGGAGAGGAAAUCCGCUUUAGAGUUACAGAUGAAGUUUUUGUGGACACUUCUCCAACAGGACCAGCUACUGUUACAGAAGACACUGCAGCCCAACCCGGACAGUCCACGGCUCCACCACCAGAGGCUGCUGUGGAGAAGAAAGAAGCACCAUAUACUCUCAUAGGGACCAUUUCUGAACCAGGACUGGGGUUACUGUCCUGGUGGAACAAUUAACCAAACAAAUGAAGACAAGGGAAUGGUUUGUUUGUAAAAUACUACACUGUAAGAAAACAUUUUACUUUACAGCUUAAAAUAUUGUGUUCAAGAAAAUGAGGCUGGAAAACAAGAGAGAACUGAUUUUUUACAAGUAUUCAGCAGUGACUUCAGGUUUAAAUUAUGGCAUCUUCAGUUAAUGAACAUAUUCAGUUGGAAAGGAAAUAAAGAUAUUUUUAUUUUCACCUAGUUGCCUUUAUUAGUAUAAAAUUACUGUGUGACAGGAAUUUAAAUUGUUAGACUUUAAUGUAACUAUUUUUGUAGAUAUGCAGAGAAUGACAGUGAUUCACUCUAUAGGUCUAUGUGCAUGUGCAGCCAAAAAUCACAGGCUUGACAUGUGAUCACUGUUCACAUGAUGUUGGUGAAGUCGAACCACAAUAAAACAAAAAAUAGUACAAAUAUGAACAGAUUACAGGCACAGUAUUUAUUGUGGUGAACUUUGAUGCAAUUCUAUAAUGAAAUAAAUGUUGUUUUGUGUGCCUUCA